UGACAUCAGCUGAUCGCAACCGCCGCCGCAUCCGUCGACCAGCCAUUUAACCAACCUCAAACGUAUUUCACUCAUGGACACCCUCGUCUUCUACUAUUAACAGUAAAUCGGGGUAUUAGAGCCAAGAUGCGAUCCAUCUCAAUUCUUCCCUUUGUGGCCAUUGCCACGGCCCUUGUGCUCCCUGACAUUCAAGUCUUCGAACAGCUGAGCUUGGAUGGAGAACGGAACGAGGAGCGUGUCGAGUUUGUUCCUGCCAAAUUCGUCCAUUCCGAUAGCGGGACUGUCUUGGAUGAGGAGGAGAGCAGCGACGCCGCUGACUGGGCCCAAGAUGGCGGCCAUGGCCAUCACCCUCACGGGCCGUUCGACCUGACCAUCUAUCAGCUGCUCUCGCUCAGCAAUCGCACGACCAAGUUCCUCGAGCUUGUCAACGAGCACGACAGCAUCAUCAAGCUGCUCAACAGCACCAAGGCCAACUACACGCUGUUUGUGCCCACCAACGACGCCUUCGAGCACGCGCCCCACCACGGCGACAAGAAGCCGAGCAAGGAGUUCAUCGAGAGCCUGCUGAAGUACCACAUCGGCGUGGGCGCCUACCCGACGAGCAGGCUGCGGUGGGCCUUCACCAUCCCGACAGCCCUGGACGAGAGCCUCCUGGACGACCAGCCGCAGCGUCUACGAGUGCGGACGGGCAUCAUCGGGCCCACGCAGCUCAACUUCAUCACCCACGUCGUGGGCGGCAACGUGGCGGUGCGCAACGGCGUCGUGCACGCCAUCAACCGCCCGCUCCUCCCGCCGGUCUUUGUCGGCCGCGAGCUCUCCCUGUUCCCGGCCCGCUUCUCGACCCUGCUGCUGGCCUACGAGAAGACCAACUUUGUCGACUUCAUCCACCACGUCACGCUGCGCGGCUCCACCGUCUUCGCCCCGGACAACGACGCCUUCCGCCGCCUGGGGCCGCGCGCAAACGCUUUCCUCUUCAACACGGAGCGCGGCCGCGGCUACCUGCGCGCCCUGCUCAAGUACCAGAUCGUCGCCAACGCGACGCUAUACUCGGACGCGCUGUACCGCGCGGACGGGGUCGCGGAGGCGAUCGAGGCCGACGAGGUGCCUGCCGAGGAGGACGAUGUGGUGGACCAGAUCCUCGAGGGCCGCCGGUACCACGUCGACCUGCCGACGUUGCUGGGCGAUACCUCGGUGUCGGUGGACGUCACGCGCCUCGGUAGGUGGUUCUCGAGGAUCGUGGUGAACGGGCGGGUGCGCGUGAGCGUGCACGACGCGGUCGCCAAGAACGGCGUCAUCCAGGUCGUCAGCGGGGUGCCUAUCCCGCCGCACAAGCACCACGGGGCUUGGGACCAGAGGAUGGGGCCUAUCGAGGUCGACGAUCUGAUUGAGAGGCUGGAGGAUUACGUCGAAGAGGAGGACUCCCGGGAGGAGUCGUGGGAUGACUUGUGAAAGGGGGAGCCCUACAGUUAUACCACAUCCGCGCAAUUAUAGGUGAUACUAUCGAUGUGAAAUAUGAACUGAAGACAUGGUAAAUAGGACACUCAUUAGAUCCCAAGAGCAAGCGUGGCUACGAACUUGUGAGACCUGAAAACAUGCAUCUGAGCUCGUCGUCAUCGCGACCGGAAGGGACGAGUGCAAAAGCUGGGCAAUGCAACGUGUGUUCCCACGGCAGCUCCAAGUCUCAGAACCUC